CACGACCCCGGCCCCGCCUGGAGUCCGCGCCCGGAGUUCCGCACCCGGGUGUCGGAUCCUCGCCAACAUGGUAGUACCGGGGUUUGUGUUUGGGCUGGUCCUGCCUUUAAUCCUGCCGGCCGGCACAAGUGCAGAUGUUGGUUUUCGCUUCGCCUCAUACAUCAAUAAUUACAUGGUGCUGCAGAAGGAGCCUGCCGGGGCAGUGAUUUGGGGCUAUGGCACAUCAGGGGCCACCGUGACAGUGACUCUGUACCAACAGCAGGAAGCCAUCAUGAAGAAGGUGACAAAUGUGAAAGCACACUCUCACAGCUGGAUGGUGGUACUGGAUCCUAUGAAGCCUGGUGGACCUUACAAGGUGAUGGCACAGCAGACUUUCGGGACAAAGAACAUCACCCUGAGAGUUCAUGAUGUCUUAUUUGGAGAUGUCUGGCUUUGCAGUGGGCAAAGUAACAUGCAGAUGACGGUUUCCCAGAUAUUCAAUGCCACAAAAGAGCUGGCUAACACUGCGGCCUAUCAGUCUGUCCGCAUCUUCUCCGUGUCACUCGUUCAGGCAGAGCAGGAGCUGGAGGACCUUGCUCAGGUUGACUUGCAGUGGGCUAAGCCCACCUCAGAGAACUUAGGCCAUGGGAUUUUCAAGUACAUGUCAGCAGUGUGCUGGCUCUUUGGACGUUCCCUGUAUGACACUCUGCAGUACCCCAUCGGGCUGGUCUCCUCCUCGUGGGCUGGGACACCCAUUGAAGCCUGGUCAUCUGGAAGGUCGCUGAGAGCCUGUGGUGUUCUGACACGAGGGUUGAUUCCGUCUGAUUCUGUGACUGGUCCGAGUAAGUACUCUGUUCUCUGGAAUGCCAUGAUCCAUCCACUGCAUAACAUGACUCUGAAAGGGGUGAUCUGGUACCAGGGGGAGUCCAACGUGAAUUUUAACAGGGACCUGUAUAAUUGCACGUUCCCUGCGCUCAUUGAAGACUGGCGCCAGACCUUCCACCGUGGCUCCCAGGGGCAGACAGAGCGUUUCUUCCCGUUUGGAUUUGUCCAGUUAUCUUCAUAUCUGUCUGCAACCUCAGAUGACACAUUUCCCCAGAUCCGGUGGCAUCAAACCGCAGACUUCGGCUAUGUCCCCAACGCAAAGAUGCCCAGCACUUUCAUGGCGGUAGCAAUGGAUCUCUGUGAUAGGAAGUCACCUUUUGGCAGCAUCCACCCUCGAGACAAACAGACGGUGGCCUACAGGCUGCACUUGGGGGCCCGGGCUGUGGCUUAUGGUGAGAAGUUGAUCUUUCAAGGACCUCUGCCUGAGAACAUGGAACUCUUGGCUGACAAGGGGCUGCUCAACCUCACAUAUUCGCUGGAAAUCCAGGUGCAGAGGCAGCACAAUAUAUUUGAGAUCUCGUGUUGCAGUGACCAUCAGUGCAAGUGGCUGCCAGCUCCCCUGGACACGGUCUCGGCCCAGAGCCUGGCCCUGAACGUCCGUUCUUGCCAUGGCACCCCGGCCGCCCUGCGCUACGCCUGGGCCACGUGGCCUUGUGAAUAUAAGCGGUGCCCCGUGUACCACCCCGGCAGCGCCCUCCCGGCUCCUCCCUUCGUGGCUUUCCUGGCAGACCUGAGGCCGGGGGGCCACCGCAGGCUUGCCGAAUGACGUAGCGGCCUUACGGUCCUUCUCCUGGGCUUCAGUGUGGGUCCUUUAGAUUUGGGCAUUUCAGUGUUGAAGUGAUGACGACAACUAUUGCUUUUAAAGGCGGCUGGUAGAAAAGCCGCCUCGGCUGGCUCCCAGCCAGCACAUGGCUGUUUCUAGAUUCUGAACAGGAGAUGAGCCAGUGCCUAGAGGCAAACGAGAUGCUUGCCUUUAGUCCCCUC